UUCACAAAUCACAACACGUGUGUUUGUUUUGAUCUGGAUGAACUUGUUUUUCUUCUAAAGAGUUGAAAUUUUCCAGAUGCAUUUUUCAUUCUGAAUUUUUACUUCAACUGGGUAUCGUAGCUGCCGGAUUUGAAACUCUAAUUGCGUGUGAAAAUUCUCCAGCAUCUUGACUGUUCACGAGAAAGUUUGUUUGGGAAGUCGCAGCGAUGAAAAACCUGAGGCUGCGUUUGGUGCGGGCUUUUGAAAGCCCAGAGCUGCCGAGUAGCCCCUGGUUUUGCGUAAAGUCGGACGGCGGUGCUCCUGUGCUAUUUCUCUUGCACGGCAAAACGAUCUUCAAGGUUGAUUUGAACUCCGACAAGGUUAUUGGAAAGUAUGAGUUGGACGUGCCAGAGGAUAGCGUCCAGGUUGUCGGAAUCAGGUACACGUCUGUAUGGGAAAAGCUUUUUGUGGCUCUUGCUGUCGGGGAAGUUGCUGCUCUUGAAAAUGACGAGAUCAGUUUUGUGGGAUCAGUUGAAAGUGGGAUUAAAGCAAUGGAGUGGAGCCCGGACGAGAGCCUUGUUGUGCUAGUCACGGGAGUCGACAAGCUGAUGAUUCUGUCUGCCGACUUUGAUCAAGUGGGUGAAGAAGUGGAGCUGAAUCAAGAUGGUUUUGGUGAAAAGCAAUUUGUCAAUGUUGGUUGGGGCAAGAAAGAAACACAAUUCCACGGCUCGGAGGGCAAAGCAGCUGCUCAGACUAAAGUCGUUGUGGAGGAAAAGGCAGCAAGUGACAUGGACGACAGGGCUCCGAGAAUCAAAUGGAGAGGUGACGGCGCCUUGUUUGCAGUUUCUUACUUGAAAAAUACCACAGGAGCACGUCAGAUUCGAAUGUUCAACCGUGAGGGAAUUCUGCAGUUCACAAGUGAACCAACAGUUGGCUUGGAACAAAGUUUAGACUGGAAGCUGUCUGGAGGUGUAAUCGCCUCAACCAUCACCCUACCUAACAAACAGGUGGUUGCAUUCUUUGAAAAGAAUGGUCUUCGGCACGGUGAUUUCACACUUCCUUUUCAACCCAACCAAGUCAUCAUUAAGGAGCUAAGUUGGAACUUGGACUCGACAAUUUUGGCCAUUUGGUGCUUCUUUCGGGACAGCGGCAAAUCGUGUUUGCAAUUGUGGGCAUCAUCGAACUACAACUGGCAGUUGAAGCAGAACCUCAAUUUUCCGGCAGAAAAGCGCCUCCUCAAUUUCUCCUGGGACAAGGAGCUUAUUUACAAUUUGCACGUGGUUCAGGAAGGCCCUGUUUAUGUGGAGUAUGUUUGGAAAUGGGAAGUGGACCACAGUUGCGGUUUUGAACCAAGUGAUUUAGCCAGCGUUGCUGUUAUUGAUGGGGGAAAUGUAAAAAUGACAAAUUUGAGAGAGGCUGUUGUUCCACCACCAAUGUGCAGUUAUUCAUUGAAGCUGCAAAAUUCGGUAUCUUGCGUUGCAUUCUCUCAGUUGACUGAUUCGUCAAAUGACAUCUGCAUCGUCACCUGUGAAAACAAGCUUGCCGUCUUCACCUUAAAUGGACCUGAUUUUAAAUCCGAGUCGCUAAGUGUUGCAUUAACAGAUGAUGGACUCGGCUUUUCCGAGUCUGGCUCAAAACUUCGUGUGAGCGGUUACUACCAGCUGGACUGGAAUGAGAAUCCCUUGAAGUUUGGAAAUAUCCCAUGCAGUUUUCAUCACUGGUUGUGGAUUUCCUCUUCUGAGCUAGUAUGUGUUGCGCCCGCUGGGAAAAGUUCCAGUGUUUUACUCAAAGCUCAACUUCAAAAUGAUUUGGCCAAAAUAAUAUCGGCGGUAAAUGCGCCAGGAUUGGUAAAAGGAGUGAGUUUUCUGCCUGGAAUUGGUGUCGUUGUUAACGUAGAAAGCGAGUCUCUAAAAUUAUGGAACUUGGAAAGCAAUACGCUGGAUGAAUUUUCAACCAAUACACAAAUUCAGUUUAAGAAUUUCUAUUCUUGCGUUCAGUUCAACAUUGUUCAAGUUGAAAGUGAAACUCAUGUGAUUGGCAGAAGUCUGCUCGGACAGCUAUAUGUGGACAGUGUGGAUGUAAUGAAGAAUUGUUCAUCUUAUUUCAUUCACUCGGAUUUCAUCCUCAUUACAACUUCUGAAAAUAAACUCCUUUGCAUUCCACGGACUAAAAAUGGAAUAGAAUCUUUGUUGAAGAGAAGCAAACUCGGAAUUGAUGGAACAGAGCGGCAAAUUGAGCAUGGUGCAGUUCUAGUAGCUGCUGUUGCUAAUGAUACGAGAGUUGUGCUACAAAUGCCAAGAGGCAACUUGGAAGCUGUGCAACCAAGGGCACUUGCAAUUUUCAUUGUCAAGAAACUCCUGGACAACAAAAAGUAUUUUGAAGCUUUUGAUAUUAUGAGGAAGCAAAGAAUCAACCUGAAUCUGAUUUAUGACCACAAUCCAGCCUUGUUCCUUGGCAACAUCAAAGAGUUUGUUCAACAGAUAAAAAAUCAAAACUGGCUGUGUCUCUUUCUUGCAGACUUGAUGGAAAUGGAUGUUACCGAAAGCAUGUAUGCCGGACACUACCCCAACAAAAGAGAAUUUGCACUUCCAGCAAACUCCACCAAGCUAGACUUCAUUUGCACAAAAAUGAGAGAGAACUUGGUAGAAGUUGACAAAGACGGUCUUGUGCUGCCUGUGAUCACAACAUUUAUCAAAGAGACGUCUUCAAACAUUGGUGCGGCUCUUCAGUGCAUCAACAAGAUUAAAAUGGAGGAGCAAUCUGGCAAAAAACUCCCUGUUUCGAGUGAUGAGGCUUUGAACUAUUUGUUCUACAUUGUUGACGUCUAUGAGCUUUUUGAUGUCGCACUUGGCCUCUACGAUUUUGAACUGGUCAUGCUUGUUGCCCAAAAGUCUCAAAAAGAUCCUAAAGAAUACAUUCCAUUCUUGAAUGAACUUAGAAAGCUGGAGCCAGCUUAUCGGAAAUUUACAAUAGACAAGCACUUGAAAAAGUACGAAGCAGCAUUAACGCAUUUGAAAGACUGCGGACCAGAGCAUGACGAUGAGUGCAGAAAAUUCAUUUUGGACCACAAACUGCACUCGGCAGCUCUUAAAACAUUUAAUACAUCUCACCGUCUUUAUCAGGGGAUCUGCCAAGAAUACGGGUCUCAAUUAGUAUCUGAACAGCUUUAUGAAGAAGCUGGUAUUAUUUUCCAACGAGCCCUAUCACUCACAGAAGCAGUGGAUGCUUUCAAAAAAGCUGGCUGCUGGAGGAGAAUAAUGCCAAUUUUACCAAACCUAGGCUGGAGCGAGAGCAAGCUAGCUUUGUUUUACGAAGAGCUGGCACAUGACCUUCGAGAACGGAAGCAGUAUCUUGACUCUGCCCUCGUUUUUGGUGAUUAUGUCAAGAAACCAGAGGAGAGGUUAAUCUCCUUAUGCAAGGCAAAAGCUUGGGAUGAAGCCUGCAGAAUCAAAAGUUCUGCUGACAUCCAAGGAGCAGACGAGUUACUUCGGUUCGAGAUCAUGAACCAUCACAGUUGUAUGCUCAGUGACGUUGAAACAGCUCAGGAGCAGGUCACUCAAUACACAAAUAGAUUGGUUGUCGUUAGGUCCGAGAAAGCAAAGAAAAUUGAGGAAGGAGAUGAUUUUGCCAACCUACCGGAAUGUGACAUGUUCUCAGACACAAGUAGCAUUAGAGGCUCCACACAGUCGAGGAGUAGUGGAAUGUCCUCAAGAGGCACAGGACGCACCUAUCGAUCAAGCAAAAACAAGAGGAAGCACGAGAGAAAACUGCUGAGCCUUAAAGAAGGCAGUCCUUAUGAGGAUUUAGCACUAGUGCGAGCUCUUCAUGAACUAUUCACUAAAAUCUACACUUACAGAGAGGAAGUCAAGUGUCUUUGUGUGGCGCUUCUACAGCUCAACGUUGACUCGUUGGCUGUGCAAUUGCAGAGCAAGCUCUCAGCUCUUUUGAAGGACAUGGAGAGCAAAAAAAAUGUAAUUUGGAUUCCUGAACUUGCACAAAACAGGGCUGCGGCACUUGCUGCUCUUGGUCCAGAGGGAACCUCAAAUUCUUUAUCAGCCCUCAGCCAAAUAAACCCAUUGGCGCUGACAGCUGCUGCGGAAUUGGAUCCACAUCUUUGCUUGCCGCCUUUGAUGCCUCAUUCUUCGUGGAAUUUGAAGAUUUUGUUGUAACAAAAGGGUUGGCGUAGUUAGCGUUGGCGAUCCUCUAACCACUUGACUUCCAUUUCUCACGCCAGGUCCAACCAAAUUCUGUGGCUCCAGCGACCGGAAGUCCGUUUUGGGCCCACUAGGGCUCUCUGCACGGCCUUCAACGGCCACCAAAGCGCCCAAAGCCACGGCCACCGCAAAGACAAAACCACUUUGGAGGUUCAUUUUGGGACAACUGGAACCACUUGAGUGGAAGAGAGCGCCAGUUUUUUAUCCUUUCUCUAAUUCCGAUGAGUCACAAAACACGUGUUCUAUUUUAAUUUUUUGCUCCUCUGGUGGUUAUGUAAUUUGUUUCUGGUGUCUGGUAAAAGAAUGAAAGCCUUGUUGGUUGUUCGUUUUUCAGCCAGCUGUUUGUUUGACUUAUUAUAUUUUUUAUUGCUUUGUAUAAAUUUACAAAUAAAUUAGAACAGGAAACAAAUGUAACAAAAAAUAUAAUUAUUUU